CGAAGGCAGCCGUUUUGAAUUACCUCCGUUGUCACCUUCAUGGUCUCUAACAUCUUGCUCCUUAAGCAUGAGAGAUCAUUACACCUAUUUUAUAACACUUUUGUUUAGUUACAAUUACCUUUCAUUUGUAAUAGUAACUCAUUCCCUUCGAUUCAACUGUGCGCUUCGCUUAUCCUCCGCUAGCUAGUGUAUAUUAUCCACUCUUGCUUCUACCUUUGAACUAAAGUUAAGCUCUAGCGUUAUAAGAUGUCAACCCCACCGCUUACAACGUCGCAUCCGCGCCUCGAUCACGGCGCAUAUACGGUCGGGUGGAUCUGCGCUUUGCCCAAAGAAUUGACCGCGGCGAUAGCUAUGCUUGACAUAAUCCACGAGAGCUUACCCCAACCUUCAUCUGAUUCCAACAAUUACUCUCUUGGCUCUAUUGCGGCAUCCAAUAUAGCUAUUGCUGUUCUGCCCCAUGGGGACAUUGGAACUCACCCAGCAACAGCUGUGGUUACCAGAAUGCAAUCUACCUUCCCAAAUUUGAAGAUGGGUCUCAUGGUUGGUAUCGGAGGCGGUGUACCAAGCACAGAAAAUGACAUAAGACUUGGAGACAUUGUUGUCAGUAUACCGGCUCAUGGUUUUGGAGGGGUAAUACAACAUGAUAUGGGGAAGAACAUGCAGUAUGGUAAAUGGUUACGAACGGGAUCACUCAAUGGGCCACCAUCACUGUUAAGAACAACCAUAUCAAAGUUGAUAUCUCUUCAUCAAAUCCGUGGCAAUAAAAUUCAAUUUUAUCUAUCUGAUAUGGCCAGUCGAUAUCCCGAUCUGCCGUUAGAGUUUAGCCAGCGGACAACGAUCCCUGACGUGCUUUACCAAGCAGAACCAGAAGACCCAGGCUUGUUCAAGGGGUGGGUAGAGGUUCAGCGACCCCAUCGGCUGCCUUCCAAUAUCAUUCAAAUCCACUACGGCCUGAUAGCAUCUGGAAAUACGGUCAUGAAAAGCGGCCGGCUGCGAGACCAAGUGAGCGCUAGUUUGGGCGGUGUACUAUGCUUUGAAAUGGAAGCUGCCGGCCUGAUGAAUGAAUUACCCUGCGUAGUCAUACGAGGAAUAUGUGACUAUGCAGACGCACAUAAGCAUAAGGUUUGGCAAGAGUAUGCUGCAGCAGCUGCGGCAGCAUAUGCCAAAGAACUGAUCACGGCCCUACCAACGGAACCAGAAACGCAAAAUGCUUUCGCAGGUGGAGUGACUGAAGUCCCAUCCCUGCAGGAUCCUCUCAAUUCUAUGCGUAAUCAAAUGAUAGCUCAGGGGCCUCAUUGGAUGGUACCCUUCUCCAGAAAUAAAUACUUCGUCGGCAGGGAUCAAGAGCUAUCCACACUGCGGCAAUGGUCGUCAGCAAGGGACACAAGCCAUAAUAUGGCAAUUUUUGGCCUUGGAGGCGUAGGAAAAACCCAAAUCGCUCUUGAAUUUGCUUUUCGUACCAAGGAGCAACACCAGGACUUUUCAGUGUUUUGGGUUCCUGCAACGGAUCGCCUGGCGUUCGAGCAGGCCUACAAAGACAUCGGCGUGGCCAUUAAUAUACCUGGUAUAGACGCUGAUGGAGCAGAUGUUAAACAACUAGUGAAAGAUGCACUAAGCGAUAAGCGAAGUCGUCCGUGGCUCAUGAUAGUUGAUAAUGCGGACGAUAUCAACAUGUUUUUCAGCCAAACGACAGACACUGAAAUAAUCACACCAGCCCUGAUAGAUUAUAUUCCAUCUCAUCCGAAUGGAUCAACACUUUUUACGACAAGGAAUCGCAAAGUGGCCGUAAAGCAAGCAGAUCGAAAUAUUAUCAUGUUGCAGAUAAUGGAACCAGACGAUGCUAAUGAAUUACUGGAGAAAUCGGUGCUGCGACAAGAAAUACUCCUCGACAAAGAUUCCACUGCUGAGCUUCUUCGGCUACUCGGUUACCUACCCCUUGCGAUUAUUCAAGCAGUCGCGUAUAUCAAUGAAAAUGAUACUUCGAUCAGUGAAUAUACAGGGUUAUAUAACGAAAGCGAAGUAGAAGUUAUGGAAGUACUCAGUGAAGACUUCGGAGUGCAUGGGAGGUAUAAAAAAGCGGAAAAUUCGAUUGCAACAACGUGGUUGAUUUCGUUAAGCCAGCUUGCUCGUUCAAAUCCAGUAGCCAUAGAGCUGCUUUCAUUCAUGGCUUGCCUAUCCAAUCACAAUAUUGCUGAAGGUUUAUUCCCAUUGCUAGCUUCAAAGAAGCAAGUCCUCGAAGCUAUCGGGGCACUGAAGGCGUACUCAUUUAUCAAGAAGAGAGAUGAAGAGGCUAGUUUUGAUAUACAUCCACUUGUGCACCUCGCAUCAAGGAACUGGCUACGGAGUGAGCAGAAGUUGCAUUUUUGGACUAAAAGGGUUCUUGAAAGACUGGUUGAGCUGCUGCCUGAUGGCGGACAUGAGGAGAGGAAAGUAUGGAGUACUUAUCUCCCUCAUGCGAAAUACCUCGUAUCAUCUGUAGUCGAAGAGCAAGGUGAUAUAAAUGUGGUUAUUCUAUCAGAGAAACUGGCAAAAUGCCUCUAUAGCAAUGGCGCUUAUAAUGAAGCGUACCAAGCUUAUGAACAAGCGCUUGGGCUACGGCGAGAAGCCUCUGGUCUAGAGAAUCGAGAUACCCUGCGAAAUAUGUUUGGUAUGGCAGAAGCAUUGAAUCACCAGGGCAAGCACAAACAAGCAGAAAACCAGCAUCGAGAAAUUUUGGAGCUAAGGAAGAAAGUUCUAGGUCCAAAGGAUCCUGAGGUUGGCCGAAGUAUGAAUUAUCUCGCACAAGCUUUGUAUGAUGGUGGUAAUUACUAUGAAGCGGAAAUUGUUCACCGUGGCGCCCUUGAUCUUCAGACCGAGGUACUACAUAGUGAGCACCCGAAUGUUUUAACAACCAUAGGGUACAUCGCACAAACCUUGGGCAAACAAGGGAAAUAUACCGAAGCAGAAACUAUGCACAAAUCAUUGCUUCAGACGCGGCUCAGAGUCCAAGGAGAAGAGUACCCAGGAACUCUAGCUACAAUGAGUUGCCUUGGAGUUGCAGAGAGAGAUUUAGGCCAUUAUGUGAAUGCUGAAGAAACCCAUAGACGAGUUUUGGCUAUCCGUAUCAGAGUGCUAGGCCAUCGCCACCCUCAUACGCUCAUAACAAGACGAUGGCUUGCAGAUGCACUCUUACAUCAAGAGAAAUACGACGAGGCUUUGGAAAUAAGUCGGGAAGUUCUUGAAAUUCAAACGGAGCUUUUAGGGGUGAAGCAUCCUAAUACUAUUCUCACUAUGAAUAACUUGGGCGAUAUACUACACGCCAAAGGAGACAACUCCCGUGCUCUGGAGGUUUUGCAACGUGCUGUGCAUUACCAACAAGACGUUCUCGGACAAGAACACCCGGAGACUCUCGAUUCAAUGUUUAGCUUAGCGAACACACUAUACUCUGAUAAGAAGUUUGUUGAAGCUAAGAGCAUGUAUGAAGUUGUUUUUGCAAAACGCACCAAGAUCUUAGGACCAGACCACCCGAAAACAAUAGCAACCCCCCACUGAGCCAAAUAUAUACCAAAUAUCAACGCUAUUCUGAGAUGGUCGUAAUUAUGCUUUUGUGAUAGAAGUGUAGUGCGUCCUUAUUCUUCUUAUAAUAUUCGCGGAAUGGAGGGCUUGGGAUUCGGGGAUCGUAAUCAUCUUGGCAUCAAACUUCAUUUGUGUUGAUAGAUCCAUCUGCGCCAUAGAGAGUAAUUCUCUAUCAUAUGCAACAUAUUCAAUUUGAUGUUGAUCUCCAAAUUGCUGAGUGAGAAUCAGAGGACAGUCCUCUAUAACCUCAUCUACAUACCUGCAUGAGCGUACGACUGCCGCUCUAUCAGUAGCAUGGAGAGCUGGGAAAUCCCCGAAAUCCCGCAUUUCAUUAUCGCCCACUACCCCAACAAUCAAAUACGUAUUUGGGAUAAAAUACUUCAGGAACUGUAAAAUUUUCACAU